AUGGCCGCCACCCUAGCCAAGCUGCUCAUCUUCGGGCUCCUGGUCCUACCCAGCGACGCAUUCUUCCUGCCCUCCCGACCCAGCCAGGGCCACACCGACGUCGAGUCCACCACCGCCGCCCCAAACCGCGCAGGCCGAGACGAGCCGACCCAGGAAUCUGCACCCAUCAGCACGGCCUCCACUUCUACCUCCAGCGACAGCAACAGCAACGACACCAGCACCAGCACCAGCGCCAGUACCCCCUUCACGACGAAGCUACCUCACCACACUCACCCUGGCUCCAACAUCGCCGUGGUGGUAUAUUCAGGCAUCGAAACCGUCGGCUCGUGUUCCUUCGCGGCGCCCGACGGCAGCAUGACAAUCCAGCCCGUCAGCACCCUCACAACCCAGACCUCGACCUCGACCGACACCGCGGCGGUCGAGCAAACGAUGUCGUCGGUCAUCAACCCGGCGAAGCAGUGGGCUUACGACCGUGACUGCGGCACCGGCAUUGACAUCGACUUCGGCAUCGGCAUCGGCACCGGCAUCGAGCAGCAAACAAUAAAGAAGGAAUUCCGACACCCGAACCCGCGCCUGCUGAGCCCCGGUGUCCUGACGACGAGGACGAGGACACGGGGACCGAUACCACUAUAA